UCUGUAUCGAAUGUUCUACCGUGCGUGAUUAAAUUUUGAGGUUAGGAUAUUCUCUCAUUCGAUUAAAAAUAACAAAUAUAUUUUGAUCAUAUAUAGACAAAGUUAGUAUGUCUGUCAUAUUACCGUUAUCGCUGGAGGAUUAUUUAGAAAAAUUGGACGAAACAACAACUCGACAUGAGUAUUUCCUCGCUUUGUUUGUUGUUCUUUUCUCAGAAUGUGGUUUUUAUGUACUAGAAGAAACAUCUUCUGGCAACAAAAAAAAGCAAUUUACACCACCAAGUCAAUGGAAGGUUAGGGAAGAUACAUAUGAAAUCAAACUCGUGUUGAACGAUCUACCUAAUGUGGUAUGCAAAUUAAUUGCCAUAUCUUCCGGAGAUAGAUUAAUUCUUAAUUUCUUUUCUACUGCAAAAGAAAGGAAUAUAUAUAGUCUUGCCCUAAGAAUUACCAAAUAUAUGAAUCCUUAUCCACACCACAUUAAUGAUCGCUUUAUGAACCUUAAGGAAAUAUCGGAUAGGUUCAAAAAUGAAAUAAUUAUGGGAGUACGAUCAGAUAUUUUAACAGAAGCUGGUAUUACCAAUCCUAGUCUUCAGGGUUUACCUAUAGAAUUGAAAUUUAAGAUUCUGGCAAUGUUAGAUGCUCGUUCAUUAACAAGGCUUUCACAGUGCUCCUAUCAAUUUAACAUGUUAUGUAAAGAAUCAUGGUUAUGGCAAAGAUUGUUCGAAAAAGAUUUUAGAGAAAAACAAGAAAAAUCACAUGAAAAUUGGUUUAUGGCCUAUCGAACAAAAUAUUUGGAAUCCAAAGCAUAUGAAAUUAACAUCGAACGAAUUUUCAAUCACCGUCCCGGAUAUGCUUCAUCUUGGGUAUAUUUAUUAAAUAUAAAGUACCAACGUAGAAUAAUGUUGGGACAAUGUGAAAUAAAAUAUCUCUCCACUUAAUAGAGUUGGUUCCAUGAACGGUUUAUCUACCGGGACAUAUGACAUAUUAGGAGUGUAAAUGGAAACAACAUAAAUAGAACCACGAAAAGCCAUUUAAAAUAAGGAUCUGCUCCGUAUUUUCAAAUAUGUAUUACGAAAUAAAUUGGAGAUUAUUUGAAUCUGUGUUUUCACACAAUGCAUCAUAAUGAUAUAUGAACUGUGGACUCAAGCGCAUUAAAGUGAAUCCAUGUAAAUGGAGGGAUCACUGUACAUAUAUUGUACUUAUUCUAUAAUGUAAACAAUAUUUUAUAAAUAUUUUCUUAGUUAUAAUGAAUAAUAAUAAAAUAAGAACCAAAAUAUUUU